UUCACAUCCAGAAUCAUCGCUUUCUGAGAACACCAGAACCUUGGCAAGGCUUACAUUCCACAGGAUGCGGGUGUUGCCAUUGCUUGAUCUUAGAUCAUCCCGGCCUCGCCAGCACCCUCUCGUAGUUUAAUAGUACUCGGUUAUCAAUAAGGUAGAGUUCCACUCCUGUUUGCUACACCUUUGGAGUGGCAAAGACAAAGGUAUGCUCUUCCUCGUCACACAGAUGAAUCCGUAUCUCGUUCACAAAAAUCCCGUGGAUAGCGCGAGACCACACAGCGCACCUGCGACUCUCGAGCGUUGGGAAGAGCACGACUUUGCCUGGAGCGAUGCUGCAUCAUACGACUAUACAACUUCUUCAGAAACCGACGAAGAGUGCCAACCCGAUGAGAUCAACAGCGAACAAGCGAACCCGCAACACGGUCACGAACUCUGGUCUGAUGUCUCUCUCGAAGAUGUGACACAUUGCUUCAUCGCCUGCUCGCAUGAAGUCUGCAAAGCGCUGAUAGAACGCCGCUUGUACGACAAGGUCGUCAAGAACCAUAAGUGCGCUGAGUGCAAGUCAAAGCUGCCAUUGAAGCUAAGUCGACAUGCAAUCACUGUGCCGACAACUACCGAUCAUGUGCGCCUUGCACAGUACGCCCGAGACCUUCGCGGCAUGAUGAAAGAAGCUAUGGAUAGAUUCGUGGCUUGCCAAGGAACGGAACCUUUCCCGACAUACACCGAAAAGGAUUACGUCGAGGGCGUGGAUCGUGAAUCACCAAGGAAUGGUCACGUUGCCUCAGCAGUACAUGAGGACGAUAAGUCCAACGUACAUACCUCAUCAGAUCAUCAAAAACUGAACGGCGACGGCUCCUCAUCGUUUGAAACCGGGGCUUCGUCCAUAGAUCAACACGCCAGUUUUUCUACACUGUCUUCGUCCACCAAUCAACAUGAAUCAGAAGGCCCGGACAGGAUCUGUCACAAAAACAGGAGAAUACAUCGGAAGGAGGCAUGCUAUUUCGGCGUGUCUGAGGAUUUGGACACAGAAGGCAGGCCUUUGGUAACGAGAAGAGCACGAGUACGUAGGGAUAUCUAGAGGGAACGAGGCCUCUGUACUCCUUCACAUCCUUCUCGUACCACGUAUGGCAUCUUCAAGGGACCGUACAGUGGUGAAGAUAGCACUAGGUGAAUACACCAGCCCUCUACGAUUACCUUCACAACCGUGAAUGCUGGUCUUGGAGAACGAAGGCAUUAUUCCACUGGUCUGUAGGGUCACAAAGCCUUUCAUGCCCAAUACAAUUUAUCUCCAACGACACGUUCCCCUGGUCUCAACAAUUGUCG